AUGACAGUUAUUCGAAGUUAUUCUCCGAAUGGUUUGAUUCGACCCGAUCCAGAUUAUCAACUUUGUUGCGGACUUUUUCAUGCUACAGUAAUCAUUUUAUUCUCUUUAUAGAAUAACGAAUCCACCCAUUAAAACAUUUUUCCAGACCGCUGCCAAGUUUUUCUCAAUUGUGUUAUUUGGAAUAUGCUUAACGGUUUCGGCUUUAAAUUUUGCGCUUUUUGGGUUUGACAAAUUAUGGAUCUCAACAUUUUGCAUGUUUUACACGAUUUAUUGUAGUGUUUUGAUAUAUGGUGUGUUUUUGGAGAGAGCUGUAUAUCUUGUUCCAUUUUUGUUUAUUCAUGUGAGUUGAAAAAAAUUAAGAGAGGGAUGUUUGGAAAUGAAUUUGAAAGUUUAAAAAGACUUGAGGAAAACUUAAAAUUAAUACUUCGAUGUCCUGAUUCAGAGAGUUUUGAGUUAAAAAGUUGAGGUGUAAAACAAUUUUGUUCAAAAAUUUCCAUUUUUACCCACAAAAACUCGAUUCAAGGUGUUUUUCUCAGUCAGAAGGUUUUUCAAAUAUUCAUUAGGAUGACUGAAAAUAUUCAUAAAAAUUUUGAAGCUGAAACAAUACCAAAAUUAAUUCCAAACGUCAAAAUAUUUCAAAGAUUCAUUCAACAAAUACUUUCCAGGGUGUCUUGACAAUAUUCCUCAUGUUCUUCAUCAUAACACUCUGUAUUUUUGGAUCAGCCACAAAUGGAAUUAUCACUCAUCAUUCUGAAAAUGUUCAUUUGAGAGAUUUAUAUCAGAUGAAUCAGCUGAACCCAGAUGAUGAUACAAGUAAGUUAUUUUUUUUUGUGUAGGGAAUCUGUAUAAAUGUAUAUUUUUUUCAGCACAAGCAAUUGUUUCUGGAAUUGCUUUGAUUAUUGUUGUUUUCUCGUUUAUUUUGAGUUUGUAUUCGUGGUACGCAAUAAGUCAAACUUAUCAAUGUUAUAAGGUAAUUCUAAAAAUCAAUAUUUUAUUUCAUGUUUCUUUUUUUUCCAGCGAGCUGAUCGGACCAUGUUGCCUGGAGAUCAAGAAGGAAUCGUUGCUGAAAAUAGUGAUGAUGAGAGUGAUGAAAAACCAAAUGUGUAA